ACAAGUACAUAAGCAAUCCUUCAGAAUACUACACGCAGAUAUGGAGAACGAUCCCAAAGAUAAAGUCAUUGUGGUCACAGGAGGAGCGAGAGGCAUAGGAUAUGAAAUUGCUGACCAGUUCCUGACAAACGGUGCAAAAACUGUUAUCAUAUUGGAUCUGACAGAACCAGUUGGCGUUAAAUCUGCCUUUACACUUAACGCAAAGCAUGGCAAAGGCAAAGCGGUUUUUAUAAAAUGUGACAUCACAAGGGAUUUAGACAAAGUAUCCAGUGAAAUAUUCGAGAAAUAUGAAGCAGAUGUUCUUAUUAAUAAUGCAGGAAUUAUAGACGAGUUUUCAAUAAGGAAGACAAUAGAAAUUGACUGCAUUGCACUAGUCGAAUGGAGUAUGAAAUUUUGGGAGCAUUGGAGAACGGACAGAGGCGGUCGAGGAGGAACGAUAUACAAUGUGGCCUCGAUAUAUUCUUAUGAAUUUGAUCCAUUCACAGUAUUCUAUAAAACUGCUAAGCAUGCAGUUUUAGGUUUUACAAGAUCGCUUGGUCAUCCUCUCAACUAUGAAAAAACUGGUGUGAGAGUAAUUGCCAUAUGCCCAGGGUUUACUGAUACAGUAAUGCUUAGUGUUAAAAUAUGGGACAUACACAGAGAAGCAUCUGAAAAAAACGUGUCGCAAGUAAAAGUUCAAACACCGGAGACUGUUGGUAAGGCUGCUGUGGAGAUCUUUAAGGUCGCAAAAACAGGAGACGCGUGGGUUGCAGCUAACGACGAACCUAUUCAUUUAGCUCCAAUGUGUUAGAUAAGUGUAAAAAAUAUAUUUAGUUUAUUUUUUGAAUAAGCAAAUAAUACAAAAUAUUACGUUUAAGUUUUGAUUUUUAUUCCUUGCUUUAAUAUACAGUCAAUUUUAUAAAUUUACAGCCUAUAAAUAAAUUACAAACCUCUCCAAACA